CCGUUACACACUCCCAAUAAAAAGCCAUCAUAUUUGCACAUUAACACCCUCACGGAACUCAUGCAUUAGCCGUAGCCAGUAAGCAAUCCAUCUUUAUCUAAAGAAACCCUGAAUUUUUGGAUUUUAAACCAAACUUGGCUCAAGAUUCAACAGAGAAUGCUUGCAACCGCAACAACAUACAGAGUAGAAGAGAUAUCUCUGCCGCCUUCAGUUUCAAAUCCCACCAAGAAAUGGCCAACCAACCUGCUGCAGAUGAUGCUUUCGGAGCUGAAAAUACAGAGAGGAAUAGCACUUCCUUUGGUGGCCAUGAACCUAACCUGGUUCGCCAAGAUAGCGGUCACUACUGCGUUUCUAGGAAGGCUCGGAGAGCUUGAGUUAGCCGGUGGCACACUCGGUUUCACCUUCGCUAAUGUCACUGGUUUCUCGGUCCUGAAUGGACUUUGUGGGGCUAUGGAACCUGUUUGUGGUCAAGCCUUUGGAGCUAAAAACUUUAGGCUCCUUCACAAGACACUUCUAAUGGUUACAAUCUUGUUACUCUUAACUACGCUGCCUAUUUCUUUCCUGUGGCUCAAUGUUGACAAAAUUCUGAUCCAUUUUGGCCAAAAACAAGACAUUUCAGCUGUUGCAAAGACGUAUCUCUUCUAUCUUCUCCCUGAUCUGGUUGUCACUUCGUUGUUAUGCCCUCUCAGAACCUAUUUGAGCUCUCAAAGCGUAACGAUUCCGAUAAUGUUUAGCUCGGCUCUUGCGCUUGCUUUUCACAUCCCAAUUAACAUCUUUCUUGCAAAAGCUAAGGGUCUUGAAGGGGUUUCAAUGGCAAUCUGGAUAAGUGAUCUCAUAGCUGCAAUCCUUCUAGUCUUAUAUGUAGUGGCAAAAGAAAAUCGGAAGGGAGGGAAAUGGAGUGAAGGAGGAUGGCGGGAUCAACGUGUUGAAGAUUGGCUUAGACUGCUUAAGCUUGGCGGACCAUGUUGUCUUACCACCUGCCUUGAAUGGUGGUGCUACGAGAUUUUGGUCUUGCUCACCGGUAGGUUACGGAACGCCAAGCAGACGGUCGGAGUGCUUGCUAUUGUUCUAAACUUCGACUACUUGCUCUACUCUGUUAUGUUGUCACUAGCCACAUGUGCAUCCACUCGUGUCUCUAAUGAGCUCGGCGCAAACCAGCCUGUCACAGCAUACCGGUCUGCAUACGUAUCGAUUGCGGUGAGCUCAGUUUCGGGUUGCGUCGGGGCUUUGGUAAUGGUAGGAGCGAGAGGUAUUUGGGCCCCUCUGUUUAGCCAUGAUAAAGGGAUAGUAGCAGGAGUGAAAAGGACGAUGCUGCUGAUGGCAGUGAUUGAAGUUGUAAACUUCCCUUUAGCUGUUUGUGGAGGAAUCGUUCGUGGAACAGCUAGGCCAUGGUUGGCGAUGUAUGCUAAUCUUGGGGGGUUUUAUCUCAUAGCUUUACCGUUGGGUGUUGUUUUGGCAUUCAAAGCUGCACUUGGGCUAAAGGGGUUGUUGCUAGGCUUUUUAGUUGGCAUGGCAGCAUGUUUGACAUUGUUGUUGAUGAUGGUUGUGAGAAUAAGGUGGCUUGAAGAAGCCGGAAAGGCGUAUAUACUCGCCUCCGAAGAGAACUCGAGAACGGUUAACGCUGUAAACGAGAUGGAAGUAUGAAAAGCACACUAUAAGAGCUUCAAAAUAAUGCUACUUACACAUAGACACUAACUUCAAUCUCCUAUCUAUUCUCAUCUAUCAAGUGUAAUACAGAGGAAUCAAUCCUCAUGAAUCAUCAUUUAUACCCUGCAAAGACCUAUUGUCAUGAGCCUAACUUCUAUAUAUGAACAACU